AUGGCACUCACACUCCAAACAGCCAUUGACAAGAGCAAUCCGCUCGCAGAGGCCAUUAUCGUGCCAUCGAAGCCCAAGGCUCUCACCAUCAGCUACUCCAACCUUGAGGCCGACGUGUCCGCCUUCCAGCGCAAGCUCGCCGAUCUCGGCAUCACAAAAGCCGCGCCUGUUUCUAUCGCGCUCGUCAACUCGUACGAGUUCAUCGUCUCCUUCCUCGCUGCUUCGUGGCAGCGCGGUAUCGCGGCGCCUCUCAACCCGGCUUAUAAGCAGGAUGAGUUUGAGUUCUACAUCGAAGAUGUCAAGAGCGCCAUCGUGCUUGUUCCCAAGGGAGCUUGGGCUGCUGGCGCGGCCAGUGUGAAGGCUGCUAAGAAGUUUAACGCUGCUGUUGCUGAGUGUUAUUGGGAUGCUGCCAAGGGCGAAGUUGCGCUCGAUGUCAAGGACUAUGGUCUUCUCCAGGGGAAGAAGGGGAAGAUUCUCACCGCUGAGCCUGAUGAUGUUGCUCUCAUCCUUCACACCAGCGGCACUACUUCGCGACCCAAGGUGGUCCCUCUCACUCACCGCAACCUGACCCGAACCAUGAACAACAUCAAGAACACAUACCAACUCACAUCCAAGGACCGAACCAUGCUGGUCAUGCCUCUGUUCCACGUCCACGGCCUUCUCUGCGGUCUCCUCGCUCCUCUCUUCACCGGUGGUUCUAUGGUCGUUCCCACCAAGUUCUCCGCCUCCGAGUUCUGGGUCGACUUCAACACCCACAAGGCCAACUGGUACACUGCCGUGCCUACGAUCCACCAGAUUCUGCUCAAGAAUCCUCCUCCCAGCCCCAAGCCCGAGAUUCGUUUCAUCCGAUCAUGCUCCAGCCCUCUGUCACCCACCGUCUUCCAGCAACUUGAGGAGACUUACAACGCCCCCGUUCUCGAGGCUUAUGCCAUGACUGAGGCUGCUCAUCAGAUGACAUCUAACCCUCUCCCUCCCGCCAAGAGAAAGGCUGGAACUGUUGGUAUUGGUCAGGGCGUUGAGGUAAGGAUUCUCAAUGAGCAGGGCGAGGAGGUUCCCCAAGGCUCUGAGGGUGAGAUCUGCAUCAUUGGUGAGAACGUCACCAAGGGAUACCUCAACAACCCUUCCGCCAAUGCUUCUUCCUACCACAAGAACGGCUUCUUCCGAACAGGCGAUCAGGGCAAGAAGGAUGAGGACGGAUACAUCAUCAUCACCGGCCGUAUCAAGGAGCUUAUCAACAAGGGCGGUGAGAAGAUCAGCCCUAUUGAGCUGGACAAUGUCUUGACCCGUCACCCUAAGAUUGGUGAGGCUGUCAGCUUUGCUAUCCCUGACGAGGUAUACGGUCAGGAUAUCGGUGUUGCUGUUGUUCUCAAGAACGGCGAGAAGUUGACUGCCGAGGAGCUCAAGGCUUGGGUCGCUGAGCGAUCUGCCAAGUUCAAGGUGCCCAAGAAGAUCUACUUCACCGAGAUCAUGCCCAAGACGGCAACUGGUAAGAUCCAGCGAAGAAUUGUUGCCGAGACCAUGAUGAGCGCUCCCAAGGCGAAGCUGUAA